AUGUCCCUACAGCGCUGGGAACGCCAAGCUCAACGAGGAAGGGACAUCCUCAGUCAAUCUGUUCCCAAUCAAUGGCUCGCAUCAACUUCUAGUCUUCCCCCAGCUACAGAAAAGAAUGUCAUUGACUUUCCACGAAAAAGUGGCCUUCUUAGUGAGCGAGAACUCUGGAUUACAGAUCUCUCUGCUACAAAGCUAGUUGUUGAAAUGCAAAACGGAAGUCUUAAAGCCGAAGAAACAGUUAUUGCAUUUCUUAAGCGUGCUGUCUUGGGUCAUCAAUUACUCAAUUUUGCGACGGAAUUUAUGGCGAAUGAGGCAAUUUCCAGAGCCAGAGAACUGGACGCUUACUUUGAACGAACUGGAAAGCUGAUUGGGCCUCUGCACGGCGUUCCAAUCAGUAUUAAGGAGCAUAUCGGCCUCAAGAAUAGAACCUGUAAUACGGGCUAUGUAGCCUGGGUGGACAAAGUUGCAACUGAAGAUGCCCACUUAGUGAAAUUGCUAGCCAACGCUGGUGCCGUAUUCCAUGUCCGAACCAACCAGCCCCAAUCACUCAUGCAUCUUUGUUGCAGCAAUAAUAUAACCGGAGCAACUUUGAAUCCAUAUAACCGAACAUUGACACCAGGAGGGUCAUCUGGAGGCGAGGGCGCUUCGACCGGUUUCAAGUGUGCACCACUCGGUAUCGGUACAGAUAUCGGUGGGUCCAUUCGUGUGCCUGCUGCAUUUUGUGGUUCAUAUGGAUUUCGACCUACAUCAAUGAGGGUCCCAAUGGCAGGAAUUCAAGUCGCGGCCAUUGGACAAGAGACGAUUCACGGCGUGGUGGGUCCAUUGGCAAGUUCUUCAGUGGAAGAUUUGGAGCUUUUUCAAAAGGCAGUGAUGGAUCAAGAGCCAUGGGAUGAUGAAACUUCACUAGUGCCAGUACCUUGGAAGACAGUUGCACCCAGUCGAGAGAUCACGGUCGCUAUCAUGUGGGAUGAUGGCGUUGUUCGUCCUCAUCCACCUGUUAUUCGCGCUCUUAAUUUUGCAAAAGAGAAGCUUCUCAAAGCGGGAAUCAAAGUAGUUGAUUGGGAACCGUUCAAGCAUGACCAUGGUUGGAAGAUUAUUUCUAGCCUUUACUAUCCCGAUAGCGCUGCCCUACAACGCAAAUUUAUACGCGAAUCGGGCGAGCCUGUGCUCCCCCUUACCCAAUGGGUAUUUGAUUUUUCACGCGCUCAAUCACUUACACACCCGGAAGCCUGGGAGUUACAACUCGAACGCGACGUUUAUCGUGAUGCAUACAAUGCGUUAAUAAAAAGUCGCGGCGUUGAUUUUAUUCUCUCACCUGCCUAUCCGGGUGUCGCCGCUGUUUACGGCGAGUCACAUUAUUGGAACUAUACUGCGAUUUGGAAUGUUUUGGAUCUUCCCUCGGUUGUUUUCCCGUCGGGACUCACGGUUGAUUUAACGCUGGAUACAUUGACUGAACAAGAUAAGAAAUACCAGCCGCGUAGUGAGGUUGAUGAAAGGGAGUGGGUAAAGUAUCAGGAUCCCCAGAGAUAUGAGGGCGCGCCAGUGGCAUUGCAGAUUGCUGGGAGACACUUCAAAGAUGAGGAGACUCUGGCCGCUGCUAAAUUGGUCGAUGAGAUUAUCAAGGACGGUAGUAAGCAGUCUAAACUUUGA